AUGGGUGAGUGUACCAUAUGCAGCCUGGAAAUAUGGCCUAAAGUUUUGUUUUUUACCAUAACUUUUCUCUCUGUGAGUCAGUCAACGAGGCUGAAUACUCCGAAACUACUUUUUCCUCACUCAAGUCGUGUCAGCAUAAAUUUUACAAUUGCAGCGGAAAAUGGUUGUUAUGAAUGGCAGUCCUCUAGACCUGAGACAGUCAGUGUCCAUCCUCUGUCUGCCUCCAAGCCUCCCUCUGUGCUGCAGUCCUCCACCUGCAGCCAGCAGGUCCUCGUCUCUGCUCUGUCAGCGUCCUCCACGCUCAACACCAGCCGCACUACCAGCAUCAUAAGAGCAGAGGACCCUGUUACUGGCCACACCUUGUUGUGCGAAGUCAUAGUCAGUCACAUUCGACAGAUUCAGAUUCUGACAACAACUCGCCAUGUGUUCACUGAUGAGCCGCCCCUGGAGCUGGCAAUCACAGCCCUGGACUCAGAAGGAAACACUUUCAGUAGUGUGUCAGGUUUGCAGUUUGUGUGGAGAAUAGCAAAGGAUCCAGAUGCAGCUGAGGUCAUACGAUUUGUGUCUUUCUCUGAGACGGGGUAUUUUGCCCCACAUCACAUCGUGUCCCUGGAGGAAGCAGGGCAGAGGGGGGACAGGGUGCUGUUGGAGGGGCUGAGCACUGGCAUUGCCCAAGUACAGGUCUGGCUCUCAGACCCUGAGUACAAGUCGGUGAAACCAGCAACUGUCAGCAUAGUUGUGACUGACAGGCUCCACCUCAGCCCCUCCCAGGACAUUUACCUACUGCCGGGCUCCACCCUCCUCGUUCAUGUCUGGAAGAGCGGGCCCUACAAAAACAAAGAUGUGACUCUUAGUGUGAACGGGUACCAACUGUCUGUAGAACGAGCCCAAGAUGAGGAUGGUGAUGUCAUCACUGUGGACCAGGACACAGCCACUGUGACAGCAGUCCAGAAGGGACACGCCACAUUGACCCUCUCCCAUCCCAGCCUAGUCCUCUCAGCUGAACCCCUUGUGCCCCGGUGCUCCAUCUUUGUAGUGGACCCCAGCUACCUCACCCUGUUGGUGGAGGAGGAGGCAAACAGAUGGGUACUGGAGGUUGGACGUCAUUAUCACCUGAGAGUGCAUGUCCACGAUCAAGAGGGACAUGUUGUAAACAUGCCAAAUAAUGUGGUGCUGACAGUGGAGAUGAGUGACUCGCUUUUUUAUGUACUGGAAUCUUCUGCUAACAACACCUUUCAUGUGGUGGAGACGUACAGGCCUGGACACACUGUUAUAAAAGCCUCGCUCCUCAGUAUAGUCAUAGUGAGUGGUAGUCAAACUCUUCCACUGACCCCACCGAUCACAGUUCACCAGGAAGUGGAGAUCUAUGAACCCCUCAUUCUGAAGCCACCUCUCUUGGUGUUGCCCUGGCAACCAGAGGGACACCUCUACCAGCACCACAUACAGGUCGAGGGGGGGAGCGGUGCUGUGAGCUGGUCAGAGAGUGACAGUAAUGUUGCAGUGGUGACUGUGAAAGGAGAUGUAAUAGCCGGAAAGAAGCUGGGCCAGACUGAGAUCCAGGCAGCAGACAUGCUUAACCCUCGCCACACUGCCACCGGACAGGUGUUUGUACUGAGACCAGCUCAUGUGGAGCUCCUGCCCCAGAGAGGAGACUGCAGGGUGGGGGAGACCAUUAUGCUGCCCAUGGCUGUGUGGGGGGAGAGACAGGGCCAAGCCUCCUCCCAGGGUACCACCUAUCAGAACUCUCCCAUGCUAAUCAACCUUUUGGAAGUCACAGACUGCUCCCUGAUGAAGCUCCAUGUCACCACACAGCCUACGGGAGUUUUUGUCCCAGCCCAAGACCCUGUUGGUCGUGGUCCUGGUUACUGUGCAGGUCUACAGAUGGAGGCAGUGGGUCCAGGGCAUACCCUCGUCACUGUUACCAUAGAAGCGGACCAAUACAACAUUAGCUCCAUGGCAACGCUAGCUGCCCACACUCCCCUCAGGGCCUCAGUGUCUGAGGUGGUGCUCUCUGUCAGAGCAUCAUGCCUCAUUAUCUUUGAGGCUGGGCCCAAGCCGUGGCCCCUGGUCCCUGCACGUUUCUAUAGCAACAUCCAUAUCAUAGACAGCAAGGAGGUAUGGGAAGGGCUGGAGGUGGAGACAGUCAGCCAAUCAGAGCCCAGGAAAGGCCAGCAGCAUGCCUUCAGGGUUACCUGCCUGGCCCUGGGCGAGCAGUGGCUUGUGUUCACCAGUGGGAAUACACCAGGUCCUCUGAAUGAGCAGCCAUCGAAGGAGGAGAGCAGGGUGAAAGUGGCCUGCAGCUCUCCUGCCUCUUUGUCUCUCUCCCUCCUUCCGUUCUCCCCCUCCUCCUCAUCCUUCUCCUCCUCCAUCCUGUCCUCUUUCCAGCCCAAACCAUGUCCUCAGUCCCAGCACGCCACAAGCAUGUUGUCAGUGUCAUACAAUAGGGGUGCAGAGCUACAGUUGGCAGUAUUUGACCAGCAGGGGGUGCAGUUUGACAACUUCAGCUCCUGUUUGGUGCACUGGCACUCCUCCAACUCCACACUGCUGUCCCUGCCUGUUUCCUCGCACAUGGUGCUGGCAGACACACUCACAGCAAGCGGGCUGUUCAAGCUACAUGGUCGCCAGGUCUUACAUGCCCAUGGUCACACAGGUGUAGCAUCCAUCACAGUGACCCUCACUCUUGUAGAGAGCUUAUUUUCCACCCCUCUGACCACCUCCAUGCAGCUGAGACUGGUGAAGGACAUACAGUGGAGCAGACACACUCUGACCCUCUAUAACCACCCUGAAAUCACUGACAAUUUAACCAUAGUUCAUGGCUCAGGACACUACAUAGUGCAUCUGCAGGACAAAGAACUUGCUAACAUCACAUACAUGGAGGACAGCAAUGUCAUACAGGUAUCUCCAACAAAGCCUGGCGUGUCCUCUCUCCUGGCUUAUGACCUCUGUGUGGCCUCUGGUCAACCUGCAGUGGCCUCCCUGUCUGUAUCUGAAAUCUCUGGUUUCCAGAUUGACUUUGUGGACAUUGUGGAGGUACACCACAGCGCUUUGGUAGUGGCACGGGUUCUGAACUCUAAUAGGGAGCCCUUCCCUCAGGCCUCCCUCGCCCUCAUGCAUCUGAAGCUUAUCCCUUCUUCAGAAAUCAUCACUGUUGAGCCAGCAGGACCUUUGGACAGGGUGUCUGUGGGUUACCGUGUGUUGAGUCAUGCAGUAGGGGUGGUCAGCCUCCACCUGUCUGCAGUGGACAGCAGAGGGGGUGUCCACACCUCCUCUCACAAACAGCUGCAGGUCUACCCCAAAUUCACCCUGCAGCCACGCAGCCUGGCGCUGGCAGUGGGCAGCAUACGGCAGGUGAAAUGGGAGGGGGGCCCUCAGCCCCAGUCCAGAAUGGGCCUCUCAGUGAGUGACACUCGCAUCGCCACGGUGACGGACACAGGAUUGGUAUGCGGCAUUGCAGUGGGAGUGGUCAAAAUAAGAGGGGCAUUACAGACAGUUACUCAGGACAGUGGAGCCCUACUCACCUUUGCACAGGAUGAGAUAGAUGUUGAGGUCUUCAGCUUGACUGCAGUGCGGAUUCAGGCACCUCUGGUUCAGCUGUUUGUUGGCACUGAGAUGCCAGUUUAUGUGAUGGGCAGCGACAGCAGUCAGAACCCCCUUGCUCUGGGCAGUGUGGAGUCUGGCCUCCUCUUCCACUGGAGUCUGGGCAAUCCAGGCGUAGUGGACAUCCAGCCAAGACACACGCAGGCUGGGGUCACGGUGUCUCCCGCUCACAGUUUCUCGGUGCUGGUGAAGGCGCGGGUGGUAGGCAGGACCAGUCUGAGAGUGACAGUCGAGCUUGCCAAUCACACAGUGGAGAGCCCCCAGCAGCUUUCUGAUGAGAUACAAUUAGUGGUGUUCCAGGAGAUGCAGCUAAAAGAGGGGACCACCAGAUCCAUCCUCAUGUCACCUUACUCUCAGUACACCUUACAGAGCAACAAAGAUACCAUCUGCCCUGUGCGCUACGCUCUGUGUCAGUGUGUGAAAGGACAAGGGCUUGUCACUGUGGACUCUCAGGGGGUCCUGAGAACCGGCCCAGACACUGGCUCUGCUCUGUUGGAGGUCAUUGCCGUGGAGACAUGUGGGGUCAGCCAGACCCUGCUCAUCAGUGUUCAGGUAUCUCCAGUGUGGUUUGUGCGUCUGUUCAUGCUGUCCCCGCACAGUGUACGAGGGAGAAGUCAGCCUGCCUUCCCGCUGGGCUGGACCAUCAGAGUCAGGGCUUUGCUCUAUGACAACCUGGGACAACAGUUUCACGCCCAUAACAUAAACACUCACAUCCUCACCAACAGAGAUGACCUGGUGCAGGUGAUUCCAGAUUCGGACGGACACUCUUUUGUGGUCCAAACAGUCUCUGCAGGGCUGACAGUUUUAGGGGUGCAGGGAGAACCCACCAACCCCUCCCUCAGUGACUACACUCCCCUCACUGUCCUCCCUGCUAUUGCUGCCCCUCCACAAUCAUUCAAACCUGGGGAUUUAUUUUGUUUCAGCACCCUGCUCACAGGUGACCAUGGCCAGCUAGGCCAGUGGGCUGUGUCAUCAGACCAAAUGCUUCUGAUAGACCCAGAAACAGGGGCUGCCCUUGCAAAGCAUCCUGGGACCGUGGUGGUCUACUACAAACUAGGAGGACAGCAAGCCCUUAAAGAGGUUAACGUGGACUCCCCUGUCAUCCCAACACUGUUACCCCCAGUGCAUGGCUUCCUGACCAACUGGCCUAAUGCCUCAUACUACUCUGUGCUGGUGGAGAUGCACACCAAUGUAAAAAACACAGCCUCAUGCACCUUAUCCCAGAGGAAGGCUAUAGAGAGGAAACUGCAUCCUGAGGCAGAGCUGCAUUGUACCCUGCACUUUAGUGCCCCCUACCUGCAGCUCAACAUUCUGCAGGCAGUCUUUGAAGCCUCUCCACACUAUGACCCCGACACCGGUGCAUACAGCUGUCGGGUGUCUGUCCAGCCCCAGGAGGAGUCUGUUCUCCAGAUGCUCUCUACUCUCCCUCUCACUAUAUCUCUCUCAGCCUCUCUGAGGAGCCAGUCUCCCCUCCCUCUCCUCCCAUUGUUGUCUCUGUCGCAGCCUCUCUCUGGCCACCCGGUGAAGCUGCCCUAUCUGCCAGCAUUCCACUGCCCCAUGUCGGCCCUGUCCCUGACUGGCUCACAGCCCAAAGCCGAGCUCACUGUGAUGGGCACCAAGGACAUGCUUUCAUCCCUCAAGUUCCACAGCAGCAGCCCAGACGUGGUGCUGUCUGAGCCCAGACACUUUGAAGAGAGCUCCUCAGUGGUGCUGUCUGUCUCUACCUCAUGGGACAGGGUUCGGGGUCUGCCCCACCCAACCACCACUAUCACUGUAAACACCAGUCUCACCCAGCAGACCUGCAUCAUCACAGUGACUGUACGUCCAGCCAGCCAAAUGUCCACAGGUUAG